GUGCGAUGUAGGCCAACGUAGGUCAAAUAGAGGCAGGUACGAACAUGAAGUAUUUCCGUAUAUACUGUCCUUUUAGUUGCCGGGACCACCUAAAUUUUUCAUCGGCUUCCCCAUCCAACCGAAGCUGCCCCUAGUCCGUUCGCUCGUCAAUUUACCUUGGUAAGGGCCACCCUAAGUAGUUUUCGUCUUGAGGCAUUUCAUCACUCUUUUUUAACCUUUUCUAAGAAUUGUUGCAUCUUCUGACUUCUUCCCAACACCACCAUCACCACUCAAUUCUUCUCCACUGCACCUCGCGCAAUGGCUACCUCUCUUCGUUUGAGCACCUCUGCUCUCCGAACUACCUUACGGGUUCCUAGUUUCACUGCCCGUACCACUGCUUUCAACGCCGUGCGAUGCUACUCUUCUUCCAAGAGCCAGACUUUGAAGGAACGCUUCGCCGAGCUGCUCCCCGAGAAGAUUGAGGAGAUCAAGGCCCUACGAAAAGAGCAUGGCUCCAAAGUCGUAGACAAGGUCACUCUCGACCAGGUGUACGGUGGUGCACGAGGAAUUAAGGCCCUAGUAUGGGAAGGUUCAGUCCUUGACUCCGAAGAGGGUAUCCGCUUCCGCGGCAAGACCAUCCCCGAAUGCCAGGAGGUUCUCCCCAAGGCUCCCGGUGGCAAGGAGCCUCUGCCAGAAGGUCUCUUCUGGCUUCUUCUGACCGGCGAGGUCCCCACCGAGCAACAGGUUCGUGACCUAUCUGCUGAGUGGGCUGCUCGAUCCGACAUCCCCAAGUUCGUCGAGGAGCUGAUCGACCGCUGCCCUACCGACCUACACCCGAUGGCCCAAUUCUCGCUCGCCGUCACUGCUCUUGAGCAUACUUCGUCGUUUGCCAAGGCCUAUGCCAAGGGUAUCAACAAGAAGGAAUACUGGGGAUACACCUUCGAAGACUCUAUGGACCUGAUUGCUAAGCUGCCCACCAUCGCGGCUCGCAUCUACCAGAACGUUUUCAAGGGUGGCAAGGUUGCGGCAGUCCAGAAGGACAAGGAUUACAGUUUCAACUUCGCCAACCAGCUUGGUUUCGGAGAGAACAAGGACUUCAUUGAGCUCCUACGACUAUACUUGACUAUCCACACCGACCACGAGGGUGGCAACGUCAGUGCGCACACCACCCACCUUGUCGGCAGUGCUCUCAGCUCUCCCUUCCUGUCACUUGCCGCCGGUCUGAACGGUCUCGCCGGUCCUCUCCACGGUCUUGCCAACCAGGAGGUUCUGAACUGGCUCACUGAGAUGAAGAAGACCAUCGGUGACGACCUCAGCGACGAGAAGAUCACCGAGUACCUGUGGUCUACUCUGAACUCCGGCAGGGUUGUCCCCGGUUACGGCCACGCCGUCCUCCGCAAGACAGACCCCCGAUACACCGCCCAGCGCACUUUCGCUCUGGAGAAGAUGCCCAACGACCCCAUGUUCCAGCUCGUCAGCCAGGUUUACAAGAUCGCCCCCAAGGUCCUAACCGAGCACGGCAAGACCAAGAACCCGUUCCCCAACGUCGAUGCUCACUCCGGUGUCCUACUUCAGUACUACGGUCUUACGGAAGCUAACUACUACACCGUCCUCUUCGGUGUCUCGCGUGCCAUUGGUGUGCUGCCACAGCUAAUUAUCGACCGUGCGGUCGGCGCGCCGAUCGAGCGACCCAAGAGUUUCUCUACUGCCAAGUGGGCCGAAAUCGUCAAGAAGCUAUGAGGAAAUGGGAAGGAUGGCAUUUUUCCUUUGGUCUGAAAGAGCAUGUUUCACAAACGGAAAUAGAACGGUCUACUGAGGGCUCAGUGGUGUAUCACAUGAAGGGGAGUUGAAUUAGAGAUGCUCCUAACGAUACCAAAAGCUGUGCUUGUACAAUAAUGCGUCAUGAUUAUUUUUUGUAUAGGUAGCUGCUAUUCAAAGUUAACUAACUACAUGCAACACUCCGCUUAUUACAUAUCAUUAAUGAGAUAAAAU